ACCUGAGGAAGCAUCACAAUAAAAAAAGAGUUGCGCUUUUCCAGAUAAACUGGUCAACUCCCAGUUUAUGUGAUUAUUUUUAUUACUCUCUAUUUUCUUUUUUGCGGCAUGGAGCGACUCUGGAUAUUUGUCUUUAAAAAAUCGCGGUAGGAAAUCCUUUUCUGGGAGUCUAAUGCUGCUACACUCCACGCCUCUCCACUGAACAUCUCUACAGCCACAAACCAGCCAUGAAGCUGGCUUUGCACAGGAUAGCAGGAACCACAAUGAGCACCUUCACAACAGGCGUCCAGUAUCUCGGCUCCAACGAUGCCAGCUAUGACGACCCCUCCGUUGACUCCCGCUUGGUCAAAAAGGGAUUCCCCAUGGAGAAGACUCACCCUGCCUCCAUCGGUAGCUCAUUUCCUGAACUUAUCCCUGGAAGUAAGGAGGUUAUUUACACCGCUCUCGCUACCAUUUUUCCAACUAACGCUUCAGACUUCACGCAUGGUAAUGUCACGUCCGUGGCGAUUGGAGGAGGUGCACAGUGUGCAGAGAACUUUGAGGACAACCUGGAGUGCUUUAUGAUCCUCACUCCCAGUCAACAGCUGGUGAUCGCCAUCUUAGCACUCACGUUGGGAACAUUUACAGUGCUGGAGAACUUAAUGGUGCUGUGUGUGAUCCUACACUCCCGGACGCUUCGAUCUCGCCCUUCCUACCAUUUUAUAGGCAGCCUGUCUGUAGCUGAUCUGAUAGGAAGCAUCAUUUUUGUGUACAGCUUUUUAGACUUUCAUGUCCUCCACAGAAAAGACAGUCCUCCUGUUUUCCUCUUCAAGCUGGCUGGAGUUAUAGCAUCCUUCACCGCCUCUGUGGGCAGUUUGUUCCUCACUGCUAUUGACCGCUACAUAUCCAUCCACAGGCCCAUGGCGUACAAGCGCAUCGUCACAAAGACCAAAGCGGUCACUGCCUUCAGUAUGAUGUGGACCAUCUCCAUCGUCUUCUCACUGCUGCCGCUGCUCGGCUGGAACUGCAAGCAUUUGGGUUCGGACUGCUCCAAAAUUUUCCCUCUGAUCGACAAGAGAUACCUGAUGUUUUGGAUCGGGAUGACAAGCGCUUUGCUCUUGUUCAUCAUCUACGCCUACAUGUUCAUCCUCUGGAAGUCCCACCACCACACCGUCCGCAUGCUGAGACGCAGCUCCCAGAGGAGCGUGAUUAUCUACACAGCAGAGGGGACCAAAGUUCAGACCGUGAGGCCUGAUCAGGCCAGGAUGGACCUGCGUUUGGCGAAGACCCUGGUGCUGAUCCUGGUGGCCCUCAUCAUCUGCUGGGGCCCGCUCCUAGUCAUCAUGGUGUUCGACCUCUUCGGGAAGGUGAACGACUUCAUCAAGACUGUGUUUGCCUUUUGCAGCAUUCUGUGCCUGCUCAACUCCACCGUGAACCCUGUGAUCUACGCCAUGAGAAGCAAGGACCUGCGCAGGGCCUUCCUCAACAUCUGCCAUGUGUGGCGGGGAGCAACGCAGACCCUGGACAGUAGCGCCGAGAGCGACUGGAACAGCAGGAGUGUGAGGGCCGCAGCUGCCGGGGCGGGGAAGGAUGGGGGCGGCUGUGGAAAGACUCAGGUAAAAGUAGCUCAGGUUACUGUUUCUGGAGUGACUGAGACUUCUGCUGCAGAGCCGGUCUAAAACAGGCGGCUCCUGUUCUGCUGUGAAGAAACGAUGAAAAUAGAGUAGCUUCUGUACUGUUAGUGCACAGGUCUGUGACUGUGAGAUGUGCUAAAAACUUAAGAUUUGAACUUAAAAAUAGAGUUUUUUUUUGUUUUUUUUCUUAGCCUAAAAUCUGUAAUACUGUGCUGCCUUUAUGAUGUCGUAUGAUGACUACAAAUGCCGCUUUUGAUUUGUUAUUAAGGUGUUUAACACAAGUGAUAGUUUCAGUUGCAUCCCUUAAAAAAAAGAAAAAAGGAAAAAACAUUCUUACGGGCAUUUUUUCUUCUACAGUCACAAAGAAUAUGCUUCGACAUUUUAGCCUUAGUUUGAAUGUGCAGAAAUGGCAACAAAUUACAGCUUAUGUAUAAAAAAAACCUGUUGUAUUCUCUUUGUUUACCUUUCUUUUUUACAUCAUUGUAAAGCAUCAAUGUGACAGUGAUUUCAAGAUUUAUGGUGAAAUUCUGACUAAAAUAUCAGUUGUGAAAGAGAAAACAUACUAGGAAAAAUUGUCUUUUAAUUCAUUAUAAGAAAUUGAUAAAACACUAUUGCCAGUGUGAUAUUUGCCAGUUGUUUUGUUUCAUAAAAAAAUGUACCUCAUGUGUGUAGGUAUUUAUUUAUUUAUUUAUUUAUUUGGCUAUUUAUAUCAUUUUUAAAGAAGAAUGGAAGGUCAUACUUCGAAUUAUUGAAUGGGUCGUCGAUCAAAUCUUUAUUAAUUAUUAUCUUCUGGGACUUUUGCAUAGAUUUUGAAAAACAUGUGCUCGUAAAGAAAUUACUGCAUUUUGUGCAAGCCUGUACUGCCAUAUUUCUGGGAAACAUCCACUGUGCCACUGUGCUCCAUAACAUUGUGUACAACCAAGAACAUGUAAUUUGUUUACAUUUACAAUCAUUUU